CCAGCAGCGGCGGCGGGUCAGUUGGCAACGCGCAGACGGCAGUGCUGGACGUGUGAAGCCGAGCUCGUCCCGGCAGGCCGCUACGCCCCUCGCAUGCUGGGUUUUUCCGGUCGUCACUCACGGCCCCGGUAGAGCCCCACGCUGCUCCGACGUCCUUAGAAUUCGUCCUGCACGCUCCUCGUAUCUUAGAUCGUACCCGAAGUGCCUGCAGGACCCCGGGGGCGUGUCGUGUCUGACGCUAAUCCUUCAUAAUGUAGCAUCGUGACCGCGUGCUUCCCUCGGACUCCUUUGGACUCUGAAAUUGAUGCUGCUGUCACUCUCUUGGCUCGACCUAUGAGAGCGACGGACACGGACAAAUAAACAGGCGUAAACAAACUUACGUAGACAGAGAAGCAAGCAAGAAAGCAAGCAAGGAAGAAAGAAGACAGGCAAACAGGCAGGCAGGCAGGCAGGCAGGCAGGCAGGCACAGCGGUGUUUGCAGUGCCGUCUGUGUUGUGAUGGGUUGUGUUACCACGUGACGGCCACCCAAGUCUCGAGUGCAGGUUGCAGAAGGUCGAGUGCGCGCCGCUUGUCCUUCACCUUCCCAACGUGAGGUGGUGAAGCGUAACACAGCUCCCGACAUGAUGCUGGCUGCGUAUUUUGAGCAGUACCCCGCCCAUCUCGCCGCCGCCGCCCGUCGCCAGGCAGCAGCGAGAGGGCCGUCGGAGGAGGACGAGGAAGCCACGCUGCGUGCCGCCAUGGAGGACGGCCUUGCCCCCUCCCCGAGGCCGGAUUCUGAGGCAGGACGCACCUAUACCCUCACCGACGCCUCGGACCCCCAGCCGCAGGAAGGUGACGCCGAAGAGGACUUACCUGAGGCUCACCACUUGUUGCCUCACCACAUCAGGGUGAAGAACACACCGCCGAGGGAGGAAGAAAGAGACAAAGACAGUAAAGGAGGAGGAGGCGGAGGAACACAAGACGAGAAGGAACAAAGGAGAGGAAGAGAGAACGGAGAAGAGAAGAAGAUAACCAAACUUCUUCCUCCAUCAUCUUCCUCCAUUCCUGAAGAUCGUCUCUCCUCCACCACUUACAGUCUCCCCGCAGCCCCUCCCUCGCCCCCUGCCCGCACGAACGGCUGUCCCAUCCACACGCCCACCGGCACCCCAACCCACGCCCGCAGCCAGGCCCACCACGUCCGCUCGUCUUCUUCAGGAGGGAGCAGCAGGUCCUCCGCCGCGGAAUCUCAGCUGCUUCACUGUGGCAUCUGCACUCGCCGCUAUUCCAACCCAAAGGUGUUGCCGUGUCUUCACACCUUCUGCGAGCGGUGCCUCAUCAGCUACACCCCGCCGGAAUCCCUCACGCUCACCUGCCCCGUGUGUCGCCAGCAGUCCAUCCUUCCUAAGGCCGGGGUGCCAGGACUGCAAAGUAACACGUGGGUGAGGGGCGUCAUGGAGGCCCUAGAGGGGAGCGUCGCUCCCGCCGCCCCGGCAGCCGCCGCCACCCCCUGCCACCACUGCCACCACCGCCACCCCGCCGCUCGCUGCCACCACUGCCAGGCACUCCUAUGCGACACCUGCGCCCGCACUCACUCACAGGACUCGGGCAGUGAGGGACACAGCGUGGUGAGCCUCGGGGACAGUGAGGUGGAGGAGGCGCCGCCUCAAGCCAAUGGACACCACCACCUUCACCAUCCUGAUGAAGAGGAUGAUGAUGAAUCUGUGUCCUCAUCUGCCACCACACUCUACUGCCCCUCCCAUCAAGGCCAAACUCUGCGCUUCUACUGCCGAGACUGUGAAACAGCGGUGUGCAGCAGCUGUACAGACAUUGAACACCGCACCCACAACACGCUGCAUCUUGCUGAUGCUGUUGAUGAGCACCGUGCUGCCAUGCACCAAUUGAUUGACCGUGUCACCAUGCAGCUACCGUGUAUGAAGGAAGCAAUCUGUGAUGUGCAAGAGGUGGUGAGCAGCCUGCAGGGGCGGAGGGCAGCAGCAGAGGCGGAGGUGAGGCGCUGCUUUGACUCCCUUCACCAGCUGUUGGACCAGAGGCAGACAGCACUCAUCAAUGCCCUCAACACCAUUGAGUCUGAGAAGCAGCAAACACUAGGCAAUCAACUGGAGGAACUUGAAUCUUGGGUGCAUGGGGUGGAGAGUGGAUGUGAGUUUGUUGAGAAGGCGCUGUCACACUGCCCAGCCAUGGAAGUGGUGCUGGUAAGGAAGCAGCUUGGGGAGCGCCUCAUGGACUAUGCCAACAUGAAUGUCCCACCAGCACCCCGUGAAAACAGCCACCUCAAGUUUGUAGUCGGCAACAUUGAUCCACUGAAGACAGCCUUCCUGCACAUUGGCAGCAUUCAGAGCAAUAGUGCCGUGCCUCACCAGACCUGUGCCACCGGAGAGGCACUCAGACUGGUGACAGUAGGCAGAGGCAGCAUUGUGACAGUGGUGACUCGUGACCACAAGGGGGAGAAGACUGCAUCAGGAGGAGCAGAAGUGACCACUACCCUCACCCGCACCAGCCUCUCAGUGCCCCGCCACGGCUCCUCUUCCCCGCGGGCACCUUCUGCCUCCCCACGCUCCACCAGCAAGAGCCCCAGUGGAUCCCGGGAGGAGUUGGUACAGCCUCAAGUGCUGGAUCUGAACAAUGGGACAUAUGAGGUGGCCUUCACAGUGCCCACAGAGGGAAUCUACAGCCUGGAGGUGCAGCUGUAUGGGCAGCCCAUCUCUGGCAGUCCCUUCAGCAUCACAGCCACAGCUCCAGUGGAAGAGGACAGUGGUAGUAGCCAGAGGUCUCUUCCUCCUCAUACACUUGCUCGGCAAACUUCCCAUUCCACACAGGUCACCUCUCGUGCCUCCCGGGCCUCCCGUCGACCCAUGUCCCACCGCUCAUCCUGCUCCCGCCGCACUAACCCCAUUGAGGAUGACAUGCUGCUCAGGGUCGGCCGACGAGGACGCAAUCGAGGAGAAUUUGUCAAUCCCCAGGGUAUAGCUUACAGCCCCUUCAAGGACGGCCGCAUUGCUGUAGCUGACUCCAAUAACCAGUGCAUCCAGGUGUUCACACUGGCAGGAGAAUGCAAGCUCAGAUUUGGAGUGAGGGGACGAAGCAUUGGCCAGAUGCAGCGGCCAACAGGAGUGGCUGCCCUGCCCAAUGGGAAUUAUGUUGUAGCGGACUAUGAGAACAAGUGGGUGUCUGUGUUUGAGCCAUCUGGGAAGUACAUCACUCGCCUGGGCCAUGGCAAGCUGCUGGGUCCAAAGGGAGUGUGUGUGGAUAACAACGGCCACAUAAUAGUGGUGGACAACAAGGCAUCAUGUGUGUGCGUCUUCCAGCAGUCUGGAAAGCUCCUCACUAAGUUUGGGAGUCGUGGCACAGAUGACUUCCAGUUUGCUGGGCCACACUUUGCUGCAGUGAACAGCAAAGGCCACAUUGCCAUCACAGACUUUCAUAACCACUGUGUCAAGGUGUUUGAUUCUGCAGGAGAUUUCAUGUUCAGCUUUGGCUCAAGUGGUGAAGGCAACGGACAGUUCAAUGCCCCAACAGGAAUUGCUGUUGAUGCUUAUGACAACAUUAUUGUGGCAGACUGGGGCAACUCCAGGAUACAGGUGUUUGAUGCGCAGGGGUCAUUCCUUUCCUAUGUCAACACCCUGGCAGAUCCUCUGUAUGGGCCACAAGGCAUGACACUCACCCCUGACGGUCAGAUCUUUGUGGCUGACUCAGGCAACCACUGCUUCAAGGUGUACAAAUACCUACAGUAGUGAGGACAUUCAUGCAAACCUCAGACCCAGGGACCAUCUACAGGAGGGACCACAUGCUGUUGCCUCUUCCUCAUCUGUGUAGAAUGAGUGUAAGGCAAUAAACAAGAGGUUCUGGGUUUUUGAGGAGGAUCCACAAUGCCAAACACAUUCAGCUGUGGUGUGGUUGAAUCUCUGGCAAAAGACCUUGAUAAGUGCAUGGAAGUGACCAUAAACUAUUUAAUGGAAAGUGCCACACAUAUUAAAGGGUGACUUGUUCCUCUGUGUUAUGAUGGAUUUUAGUCAAGUGCUGAUGCCAAUCAAAUGAGUUGUGUAAGUCAUGAAAAUACAUCAUCAAGCCAUGAUCUAGAGUGAGAUGUAUAAAUUAAUUGCAGUUUCUAACAGUAAAUAUUUUGCUGAGCUCCUUACAAGCUCAAACUCUGCUUUUCUUCUCAUAAUUGCCUUCUGUGAGAAGUGCAGUAAUACCAUUCCAUUUUCCUGUGCAUUAAUAAUCAUUAUUUGCGUAAUUUUUUAGUCUGCAUCUGUGUUGAUGGACACCCAACAGACCUCCACAGCCCAAAGCACCCCCAAGGCAGACAUACCUUGUCCCUCUCCAUUCUUCCUCAUUGCUUUGUUCUACUCACUUAAUGCUCCCUGUCAUCCAUUCCUCACCUCCCCAUUACCCACACUUAACUAUGCUUUAUAUCUUUUCCCUGUCUCUCACUUACUCUUUUUUUUUCUCCCUCAUUCCUGUAAUAACCCUCCUCUCCACACUUCCUUCCCUCCUCACCUUUUUUUUUUUUUUCUUCUCUCUCUCUCAUUCCUGUAAUAACCCUCCUCUCCACACUUCCUUCCCUCCUCACCACCCAUACAUUGCCCCUAAUUCCACCUGCCCAUUUCUCCACAAACAUCACAUGUACACACUGCCCAAACUUUGUAUAAAGAAUAUCUGAGAAGGUUUGCAUCAGUGAAGAUUUUAGCUAAUUUCCAUUCAGAUAUGUAAUUCUUUGUGGAGAAAAGUUGAAAAAAAAGUUAUAUUGAGUGUUGAGUGGUAUUCUUUAUUUCUUUUGUCUUUUGAGUUUAUUUUAUUAUUAUUAUUCAGCUACCAUCAGUUCUUGUCUACAAUAAGUACCAUUGCAGAUUGAACCACCUACACCAUUGUGCUUCAUUACAUGGAAGUGACAUUCACCUAUUGAGUAGAAAUUGUCUAGUCAUUGAGAAAAAUAAUAUUUGCUCUUCAUUGAUAUAUAUGAUUUACAGUUUCAGUUAGUAAGAGCCUAAUAUAAAAAGCUGAAACAAAUCUCAAGAAGAAUAACUACGUAGUAAAGUUUAGUUUCAUGUUUGGCUUGAUUCUCCUGCACAUGAAAUAAUUCAAGCAAAAGCAAUACAUGCAGAACCAGAUAUGCAGAUUUUUGUUGAGAAUAAUAGUGACAUUAAAACUUAUUGAUGCACUGAGGGAACUGUGUAGUAGAGGCAGUGAUGGUGGUGCUAGUGGUAGUAGAGUGUAUAGUUUUCUACCCUUGUUCUCUGUCAGAAGUGCCUCUGUUACUAAUGAAGAGAGAAAGUGAGAGUGAGAGACUCAAAAACUAUUACCUCUGUGACAUUCAUGUCUGAGUCUGUAGUGUUAGUGGUGCUAGUCUUCCUCCCCACCACAGCACACUUUACUCUUCUCCACCCAUUCUCCCCCUUCCCCCCUUCCCUUCCCCUGAUCCAUGAGGGUGUCUGAGUGCCAUGUCUUGCUGGGCUGCCUGUGAUGGGCACCCUGGUGGGCCCAAAAGCAAAAACCACCUUUCUGUAUCCAGUCCAGAAAGGUGUUUAUACAUAUACGUGAAAAUAUAUACAUAUAUUCAUCUUAUAUCUAUACAUAUAUAGCUAUGAAUAUAUAUAAUUGCUAUGUAAUUAGAGGAACUGAUAUUUGUGUGUGUGUGUGUGUGUGUGUGUGUGUGCCCCCUGUGACUGUGCUACUCUCACAAUGAAUCACAGUUAUCAA